AUGAUUCGACAGUGCGUCGUUGCCCUGCUCGCUCUGGUGGCCCUGAAUGUCGUCAUCGCGCAACAGCAAGGAGGUCAGCAAGGCCAGGACCCGCCAUUCCUCCAGGGGGCCUCCGACUCCGUCAAGUCCAGCUUCCGGACCCUUUUCCAAAACUCGGAAUCGAUGACGGAGAAGCAGAUGGACGACAAGGUCAAUGCCUGGGUCGGCCAGCAGUCCCAGUCUAUUCAGUCGGCCUACAAGCAGUUCAAGCAGCAGAUGGAUCAGAUGAAGGCCCAGGCCAAGCAGCAGCAUCAGCAAGCCGUUCAGGGACUUUCGGCCGCCGCCAAGAAGGCCGACCAGGACCUGACUCAGAUCACCGACAACACCUCGCUGACGAUGGCCGACAAGAACAAGCAGAUCGGCGCCUACCUCCAGAACCUCCAGCGCACCAACCCCUCCGCCGCCCAAGAAAUCCAGCGCGUCAUGCAAAUGGGCGGCCCUCGUCAG